AACCAAAGGAGAGCCUAGGAAUAAUUUUAAACAGGUAUAACGUACAGGCAGCUAUUCUUUAAUUCGCACAGAUUUCCCGCCCCCCCCUCUCUCCACGUAUAUAUAUAAUAUACACACACAUGUGCACAAAUGCAUCCAGUGAAUCCUGUACGAAUAGCUAGGGCUUUUGAUUUCAACCAGUAAAGAAGAAUAUGAAACGAAGUCGAAAUCUCGAUAAACAACAUGCACCUUACAAUCUGAUUUUAGAGGAAAUAAUUGGAUUGACUACCAAAAAUGGAAACGGAUUGGCAGCGAGCAGUUCGAGUUCGAAGUAUGCGUAUAUUGCAGGCUGUGUGGUUGUGCUAUGCGACGUUCAUUCUGGCACUCAGUCGCACCUCAUGGCGCCGAAUCGAAUUCCUAAACCAUUGAGCUGCGUUGCUUUAUCGCGUAAUGCAAGUAUUGUUGCAGCAGGGGAGUCAGGGCCUCAACCUGGAGUUCUGGUAUGGGAUUGUUCCACGUUAGCCUUUAGAUGUGAGCUAAAAGGCCAUCGAUAUGGCGUGGCCUGCCUGGCUCUCUCACCUGAUGGCAAACAUCUGGUGUCAGUUGGAUUUCCUCGUGAUGGAUGUAUCUGUCUCUGGGACUGGAGAAAUAAAAUAUUAGCUGCAAAAGUUAAAGCUUCUCCAGUUUCCUCUCAUAUCACAUCUAUUGACUUCUCAUUGGAUAACAAAUUCAUUGUCACUGCUGGGAAGGAUCAAUUAUCAUUCUGGAAAGUUACAUGGUCAAAUGGAUCUUGUGCACGUAUGAGAUCCGUGUCAGUGACCAUGCAGAGGAACGUUGAUCUUAGUCAUCACAAGGAAUCGUCAUUUAUAGCUGUUACAUCUCUCAGCUGGAUGAAUAGUAGCUCUGUUAAUCACAAUCAGGCUGGUGAACAGACACGUAUCUAUGCCGUAACAGAAAAAGGAACUUUAUGCAUGGUACAUCUGGGCUCAUCAGUCAUUAACUCAGUGGAGUUAGAGGUUGAGAAAUGUUCUGCACUAUCUACAUCCACACGUGUGGUUGCUUGUGCAUGCAAUAAUGGACUUGUAAAACUAUUUGGCACCAAUUCUCUUAAAUAUGCUGGUGAGCUGUGUUAUGCUGAAGCGAGGAGAUGCAAAGAGUCAGAUGUUGUGGACUGCAAAACAGACAUUAGCCAAGUUGAACUCGAAAAUUGGCCUAGAUUUCCAGAUGCCGUUGCUUGUCAAUUUUCAACCCUGGAAAAGCUUGUUGUGGUUUAUGAUGAUCACAGCCUUUACAUAUGGAAUAUUCAUGAUGUAAGGAAGGCUACCAGGUGUUGUGUGCUUGUCUCACAUAGUGGAUGCAUAUGGGACAUUAAAAAUGUUCCAUGCGAAAACAUGCACGAUCCCGCUCUCUCCUGUGUUGCUAAAGGUUGUCCUGGAGGAUUAUCUUUUGCAACAUGUUCAGCUGACGGUAAUAUUAGGUUGUGGGAUCUUGCACUUCAAUCUGCCUUGUCAGAAAAUGGUUCAUCUCUUGCUGGGGAUGACAGCUCCAACAGAGCCGCGUGUUUAGUGAAUGCAGGGAUCUUUGAACGCGAUUCUGUUGCAAAAGGUAUUUCCUCUUCAGGGUUUCGCUCAAUGGCAGUGAGUUCAGACGGAAAGCACCUGGCUGCCGGUGAUUGCUUGGGAAAUAUCCAUAUCUUUAACCUAUAUACUUCCAAUUACAUUUUCAUUCAGGAUGUUCAUGUUGCAGAUAUCCUUUCUUUAAGCUUUAACUUGGCAGACAAGAAUGAUAUUGCUUCUACUGAAGCUUUAGAAAGUCAUCACUUUCUUGCCUCAGGGGGACGUGAUGGAAGAAUCCAUCUUUUUGAUGUUGACAGGAACUUUACUCUCUUUGGAAGUAUUGACUACCACUCAUGUGCCGUUACUGCAGUAAAGGUUGCCCAAAGUGGUCGGGAGAUUCUCAGUUGUGGUGCUGAUGGGUCCCUGGUUCUUCACAGUAUUGAUGUGAGUGAUAUGGAAUUUAAGAUUUCUCGCCUUCACAUGAUUGCAACUAGUGGAAUCAUUUAUGACAUGGCUGUAGAUCAUUCAAUGGAUGUUGCAUUUACAGUGGGCAAGGAUAAGAAGAUACAUGCAUUUGAUAUUCAAUCUGGAAAACUCAUUAAAUGGUUUAAGCAUGAUGCGGAUGUUGGGGAACCAGUUAAGGUAACUACCGAUGGAACCCUCAGUUAUCUGGCUUGCUCUUAUUCUGAUAGAUGCAUCUGCAUGUAUGAUUAUGUGACUGGCAAGAUGGUUGCACAAGCAGCAGGCCACAGUGAUCAUAUAACGGGCAUUGUCUUUCUACCUGACUGCAAGCAUCUUGUUUCUGUUGGUGCUGAUGGUUGUAUAUUUGUUUGGAAACUCCCUGCUCUUUUGUCUUCAAGGACGCUGCAACGAACUAAGGAAGUUUUUCUUCAUUUUCACCCGGAAAGCCUAAAUCAGCCCAUGACUUCUAAUCAGAUCAAAUCCUAUCUAAUGGUUGACCACCCCAAAAAAAGAUAUAGCAAAGAAGCAGCUGUAAAUGGAAAUCUGAAUGAAGUUCAUGAUAGAAUUUUUCUCCAAGAAGGCAACCAUCCGGAAAAUGCAGGAUUCAGGUUCAGUAUAUCUCGACUUCCAAAAUGGGCACAAUGCAAAAUCAUUGAUGAUUCUCUACCCGUGGAUAUAGAUUCUACUUCGUCCAAGGUUGGUUUACGAAAAAAUAAUGCAUCACAAUGCCUGUGUAAUGAUAUUCUAGAAGUUGGCCAGCAAUGUUCCGGGACCUUGUCCAGAUGCCUGUCAGAGACAGAUAGCAAAGAAGUAUCUCCAAGUCCUCCAGAAACUUAUAGCUGGAACAGUCGCUGGUUAACCAUUCAUACAGUUUGUAUGGAUCUGAUUGAUUCCCCUGAAACAUGUGAUAUGAAGGGGCUGAAUAUGCAGGGAUCUGCAACAAACAACAGAUCACAAGACCAAGUUAUUGAGACAACUCAUUGUAACAAGCGCAUCAAGCUCUCAUCUUUGGCUCCCAGCAUCAACUAUCCUCAUUCAGAGGGCAACUUCACUUAUAAUGAGCAUGUUAAUAUAAAGGAUGCCCCUUUUGAGGAGUAUAAAGAUGUUGACGCCUCUGGAAAGGAGUCCCAAAAAAAUGAAUUCUUUAAACUAAAUUUUGGGGAUUUGUCUGCACAAAUGAAGACAGAUAGGGGCAAGUCAUUGACCAGGAAUAGCUACCUGUCUCAGUUUCUUGUGCGAAGGGAACUUCUUGAAGGCAGCAAGAGAUCUCUAUGCAUGCAAGCUCAAGAUUCUACAAAUGAAUCUCUUAGAAAGACCAAAAAGACUAAUUCAUCUUUGCUUGAGGACCAAGGAAAAGCGUCGCCCAACUCAGUUAGGCAAAUUGAUGUCCCAAGAAUUGACUCCAUUGAAGUGCCUGAUAGCCCAAGUAGUACAGAAAUGCCGUUGAACAUGAAAAUAACAGACGUUAGAGACCAGGAAGCACAUGAUGUUGAUAAAGUCAGAGAUGUGGAAAUUGUGAGAUCAUGUGAAGAAGCAUUGCACAAUCUGGAAGGUGCAGCUGAGAAUGCAUUGCAGUCGUUUAGCAGAUUAGUAACUGUAGAUGUUGGAGUAGAGAAAUCAAGAAGGGAAACUAAGAUUCAGUUGUAUGCUAUGGCAGCAAGAAGACUUCCAUCUAUAGAAAGGAAGAUUCAGGCAAUAACCAAACUACUUCAGCCACCCAACAACUUCCAGUGAGAAAAAUAAGGUACAUGUUUUUGCUAUUGUUAGCGUUUGCUAGGACUUCACUUAUCAGUUCUUUAUCGCAUGAGAGGACUCUUGUAUUGGUAAGCAAUGGGUCAGAAUAUUGCUUUACUAUUUGAUGUAAGACGUGCCUAACUUUUGCUCAUGGUUCGGUUAAUGAAAAAGCCAGCAUAAAAUUUCACACAACUUUGAUAGUCACUUUCU